CGUGCCUCUCUCGGUUCCUCCAUCGGCUCUCUCUCAGGCGGAGACGAACAACCAGGUUCCUCACGAUGGACUUAUAGCGGUGGUUACCACCGUGUUGACAUGAUGUCUUUUUACUCAGAUGCUCUUUAGCGUCGCUCUUUCAACGCCUCAGUUAUCCAUCACCAUGGCAACCAUCGGGGAAUUUGAUCCACUCAACACGAGAGUCCCAGCAACUAAAAUAGAAGUUACCGUCUCGUGCCGGAGUCUUCUGGAUGUGGAUACAUUCUCCAAGUCCGAUCCUGUGGUUGUGCUGUAUUUGCAGGGUAUCGGCACCAAAGAGUGGAGAGAGUCUGGACGGACGGAGGUGAUCGAUAACACCCGCAAUCCAGACUUUGUCAGGAAGUUUGUCUUGGAUUUCUUCUUUGAAGAAAAACAAAAUCUAAGAUUUGACGUGUACAAUGUGGACUCCAGAAGCUGUAACAUUUCCAAACACAAGGAUUUUCUGGGCCAGACGUUUUGCACCCUGGGAGAAAUCAUUGGCUGCACCGGAGGACGCCUGGAGAGGAGUCUCUCUGGAAUUCCAGGAAAGAAGUGUGGGGUCAUUAUCUUAACUGCUGAGGAACUCAGCAACUGCAGGGAUAUUGCGACCAUGCAGCUGUGUGCCAACAAACUGGAUAAGAAAGACUUUUUUGGCAAAUCAGACCCCUUCUUGGUUUUCUACCGCAGCAACGAGGACGGAACGUUCACCAUCUGCCAUAAAACAGAAGUGAUCAAAAACACGCUGAACCCCGUGUGGCAGCCCUUCACCAUCCCUGUUAGAGCUCUCUGCAACGGCGACUAUGACAGGACUGUAAAAAUAGACGUCUAUGACUGGGAUCGAGAUGGAAGUCAUGACUUCAUCGGCGAGUUCACUACCAGCUACAGAGAGCUUUCUCGAGGACAGAACCAGUUCAACGUCUAUGAGGUUUUAAAUCCCAAGAAGAAGGGCAAAAAGAAGAAGUAUGUCAAUUCAGGAACUGUAACUCUGCUGUCCUUCAAAGUGGAAUCCGAGUACACCUUUGUGGAUUUCAUCCGAGGAGGGACACAGCUGAAUUUCACUGUUGCCAUAGACUUUACAGCAUCCAAUGGUAGUCCAUCUCAGCCCACCUCCCUCCAUUACAUGAGCCCCUACCAGAUGAAUGCAUACGCCAUGGCCCUGAAAGCCGUGGGUGAGAUUAUCCAGGACUAUGACAGCGACAAGCUCUUUCCCGCCUAUGGUUUUGGAGCUAAGCUGCCCCCUGAUGGCAAAAUAUCCCAUGCAUUCCCACUGAGUGGUGACAAUGAUAAUCCAAACUGCGUGGGCAUAGACGGGGUCCUUGAGGCCUACUUCCAGAGUCUAAGAUCUGUGCAGCUGUACGGACCCACCAACUUUGCACCCGUUAUCAACAAAGUGGCCAACUGUGCAUCAGAGAUAACAGAUGGUUCGCAGUACUUUGUCCUGUUGAUGAUCACAGAUGGAGUCAUAUCGGACAUGGUCCAAACCAAAGAGGCCGUGGUCAAUGCAGCAUCACUCCCGCUAUCCAUAAUCAUCGUUGGUGUUGGACCUGCAGAGUUUGAUGCGAUGGAAGAGCUGGAUGGAGAUGAGGUGAGAGUAUCCUCCAGAGGGCGCCUCGCUGAGAGAGACAUUGUACAGUUUGUUCCGUUCCGGGACUACGUGGACAGAUCCGGAAACCAGGUCCUCAGCAUGGCCCGUCUGGCUAAGGACGUCCUUGCCGAGAUCCCAGACCAGCUGUUGUCUUUCAUGAAGAGCCGAGGGAUCGAACCGCGACCGGCUCUUUCUUCCUCACUGCUUCCUUAGCCAGCAUUUCCACUCCC